AUGGUGAAGCUAUGGACUUCUAAUAACGGAUACAAAGAAUGCGAUCAAAGCGAUGAUGAAAAUGAAGAGGCACCUCGCCGGUCGAAGACACACUUCUGUUGGGCAGCUCUUUUCAUAACCUUGCUCUCCAUGGGCGCUCUCCUUUUGGUCCUUGCUCCCAGAAGUUGGAUUAGACGAAAUGAAUGCAUAUGUUCCCAGUCCACUUCCGGUUCAAAAGAACCGCCAUCAUUGUUACAAACCGAAUCAGACCUGAUUUUGGAUUGCGGAACGACACGCGCAGAGGCAGUUGCCCGCGGCUGCGUAUUUGAUGUUUUGGCUGCAGCAUGGCUGCCCCGUCUAUGCUAUGAUGAGGACGCUGCUCGAGAAUCGAUGUUACCGGAUUCAGACCUGGCAACGGUUGGAGGCAGCGGGCCGUUCCCAUGGUGGACAAGCCACAACCAUUCCGUCGAAAUUCCCCAAGAUUCAUUAACACUUGUGGACGAUCUUGUCGGCUAUACAUGGGAGAGAUACCAUAUGGCACAUUGCCUGUACGACUGGCGCGUCCUGGUUAAGGCGGCGAAACGGAUUCGAGCUGGUGAAAGGAAUGUUUAUGUGCAUGUGGCAUUGCUAAAUUACCAUCAUGCAUACCACUGCAGCCAGAUUAUUGCCAAUCAAGACCACCGAGUAGGCGCGAAAUCAAAGGUUGAUUUUGCGCUGGGUAUCUUUUGA